AUGGAGCAAGUAGAAAAUUUACCUGAGCUUGACACAGAGGUCCAAAAUUUAAAAUUAAUCAUCGGCACAAUCUCAUCUGAAGUUGCAAAACAGUUCCCAGGCGAUCAAGCUUCUUAUAUCCAAACAAUCCUCAGAAAAGAUUUUAUGAAAGAAAUAAGGCUAAGAAACCAAUGAAUUGAUACAGCCAUGAGCAUCUCUCAAACCCUCAUAGAAAAUUAUGAAAGUUUGAGAAUAUUAUACAAUGAUUUAGUUCUUCAGAAUGAAUCAAAAGAUAUCAAAAUCAAAGAAAAUUAUGAAGAAAUCCAGAGGCUGAGGUCGAUUGAAGAGAGUAAGACAAGCGCUUUGGAAGUUUCGAGAGACAGUAUUGGCUCUGGAAGGCGAUCUUUAUCUAACCAAAGACCAGUUGAAGGACUUCUAUUUAGUCAGCUCAAUAAAGCUGGACGCAUGCAAGAUAUCAAUAGACACAAAAAAGAUUUUAUUCUUAAAGCAGAAAAACUGAGCUUUAACAAGAAAUAUGAAGAACUGCAGCAAAAAUAUUUAGAUCAGCUCAAUGAAAAUCAAAAAAUGCAAAGAAAUAUAGCAAAAUUAGAAGAGCUAAUAAAAUAUAAUGCAGUGCAGAAACAAAUUGCUGAGUCAAGAUAUGAAACUUUAUUAACUCCCUCUUUUAAAUUAGAACAAAGUUCUUUUUUAAUAGGAAAAUUUUAAUGAAAAUACUAAUUAUUGAUCAAAUAGACUGCUAUUAAAACAAUUUUUAAGUUGAGAGUCGAUUAAUUUUUUUAUUUAAUUCUUCAUGCUAAUUUAUAUUUUUUAAGAUUUUCAAAUAAUUUUUUUUUAAAAAAAAGAUCAUUAACAUGAUUUUUUUCUUCCAAUUUAAAGAGAGUAAGCAAUCAUCAUCAAGUUAAAAGUCAGUUAGAACAAUAUGAGAAAAAAGGGAAAGAUUUAAAGAAAAGAAAAAGCAUGAUGCCAAAACUUGUCUCCAAACAAGUAAGCUGAAAAUCAGAAGCUGAGAGCUUUGAUUCUAAAGAUACCAGCUUGCUUGAUAUGUCUGCGGAUGCUAUUAAGCCUGAAGCUUUAAAAUUAGGUCUUAGUCUUGAUAAUUCUUUAAGCAUUAUUGAUAGUGAAAUCAGAGGAAACAGCGAAAAUGCUUCGAAUGAUUCAAGAAUAACUACAGAAGAAUCAGAUAUUAUUGAAAAUGAUCUAGUAAAAUCCAAGAGUUUCGCAAACAAAGCUAUUACAGAUGCCAAGAAUAUUAUUAGGCACGAUAUAUAUUCUCAAGAAAAUAUUCAAUGUAUUCCAAUACACAAAAAUUACAAUAGAGAAAUACAAAUAUUGAAUCAAAUAUUAAUUUUAGGAGAAAGUGGAAUAAACAAAAUAAGAAAUGAAGAAGAAAGUAAUAAAAUUUACCGUAACGCAAAAAUAUUAUCACAAAUUUACAGAGAGGAGGUCGCAAAUAUAUGUAAAUCUCAAUUAAAGAAAGAAACUGACGCAAAGCUAAGCCUUUCAAAAGCUGAAGUUAUUAGCAUUUCUGCCUUUCAAGAGAUUAAAAAUAAAUCAGAAAAAAUCAUAGAAAAACCAGUAGAAGUUGCAAAGGUUUAUGCAACCCAGAAGAACAAGCAAAAGGAAUAUUUUGAUAUGGUAAAAAAUAUAUAGACUCUCCGCGCAGUUGAGCAGAAUUUGAAUUAUUCAGAAUCAGUCUACUCUAAUACAUCUCAAAUUUUAUAUGAAAAGCUGAUAAAAUUCAAUGUGCCUUUCUGCAAAUGGCACAAAUGGGUUGAAAAAGAAAUCAAAGCAUUCAAAAAGAGAAACUCAGCUGGCUCUGGGCAAUUCCAGUUAAAAGUUUGUUCUUUGUUUCCUUUUAUGGGUAAAGAUCAUUAA